UAGAAGAAGAAGCAGUUACAGCUGUUUUUCGCUAUUAUCAACUGUUGAUUGCAUUGUUUGCCCAUUAGGAGGCGAAACAAAGAGAUGUGAAAAGGCCCGCAGAACAUUCCAAAAAUUCCAAGAACUCCGCCCAACACGAUGCAUUCCGCCCAGGCGCAGGCCCAGGCCCGCGAGAAGAUCUUCAAGAGCUGGAGGGCAAUCAACGAGGUGGCCAUCAUCAAGGAGGUGGCGACCAAGGGCGAGCACAUCGACCUGUGCAUUGAGUACGGGGCCAAGAAGCGGAUGAUCCCCAUUCCGGAGUACCGUCACUUUUUCUACGACGUGGUGCAUGAAUAUGUGCAGCGGCUGCUCUCCGAGAGACUUGUCUGCAAAGCGGAGGAUGUGAUCCGGAACGUGGACCGGGAUGUCAAGUGCUUCUUCUUCCAGUUCGCCUCGGAGUGCCAGGAUGAGGAGUUGAGCGAGUUCAUCCUGGAUCACCUGCGUAACCGGGAGCCGUUGAUGUAUGAGCAGGAGGAGCCAGUGUUGGCCUACCAUUGGUCCUUGGUCAAGCAAGUUCGGGAGUGUCCCGACCUGAUGGAGAAGCACCGGGCGUGGCUGCCUCGUGUCCACAUCGAAGCCUUGAUGACUCUACCGGAAAAGGCUCUGCAAUUGCUUCUCGUCGAUCUAUAUUUUGCCAAUGGCAAUGAAUCUCUGCUGGGAUCUCUUUCCAAGGAAGUGGUCUGGCAGCAUCUGGUAAAUAGUGACCAGCAGGAGAAACUCCAACGCUGGUGCUGGUGCCAGGAGAGUAUCGAUGUGGAGGAGCAGGCAACGCUUUCUCCCCUGGAGCAGGGCUUUGCCGCAUGGCAAAUAGAUGACGCCAUGUACGAAUACGCCCUGGAGAAUCUUAAGCAGCCCAGUGAAGUGCUGCGAAACUUCUUCGCCCGUGCGGGACACUUUUUCCCGGAUGAAUCCGGUGAUAUUCCAACUCUGCUGCGUAGACUUUGUACCAUGGAGUGUCUGGGAAAGCAUGCUGAUCUCAUCAGCCGUCAGCCUCUGGCCAAGUAUCUCCUGGAUCGUGGUCACCACUCACUGCUCCUGAUGGAAUGUGUACCAGUUGCGUCACUGGAAGCGCUGGCUGGCAGUGAGCCUCACCAGGAGGCCCUAAUCAAUCUAAUUGUAGAUCUGAAAACCAACUCUUUAGCUGAGAACGAGGGAUUUGAGUUGAUUUCCAAGAGCGUUCAGACGUACUUAGAGAAAACUCACGAUAGCGCUGACUCCUUCGAAGGACACCCGUUGCUCACCUUCUACGACUUUCUGGGUCAGGAGCCAACUGUGCGAUCUCUAGAGGGUUUCCUUACUUCAACCAACUUGGGUCGGGUGCGCUAUCUACAAUCGCUGAUAGCUCGGUUUGAUCACGGACCCGCAUCCAGUAAUUCCGGCAUACCCACGGCUCACGAUCUUUUCCUGAAGUUUAAGCAGGUGAACCUUCCACUCCUGGCCACCGCAGGACAUGGAGAACUGGUCAGCUUUUCGAAUGCGCGUCUCUGCCAGCGUUACGCAAGAAAAUCCCAAUUAAAUUACACCCAUUACUUGAAGCAGCAGCGAAGUGCCUACGCAGUGUAUUAUCUGAUAACGGAGCAACUUCAGCUUUAUGGUCAGAUCACAAAGACACAGCUCUUCCACGCCUGUGAAACGGUCACCCAAAUGGCACUACAGCACGCCGGGGAUGAGGAGCUGGUUACCCAUUGUGUGGCCUGUUGCGAGAUGCUGGGAUUCGAUACCCAACCACUGAGAAGCUUUCUCCUGCUGCAAAGAAAGCUGCCAAAGCGCAAGAAAGGACAAAGUUACUCGGAAUUACUGGCUGACUGGGACCGGGAAUUGGUUCAACAACUGGAGGAGAAUCCCAAGGAAUUUCCAUUGGAACUAUAUCAAUCACUGAUGCGUCUGGCGGUCAGGGAUACUCCUGGUAAACUUCCAGUGGCUUUGCUCGAAUACUACGCUUCCAAAAACGACUGGUGGAAGCUGCUGCUCAUCUUUCAAUACUUUGAUCUUCCUUUGAGUGAACUAAAGAAGCUCUUGCCGCACUUUAAGUCCUCUCCACUUGGUGUGCAUAUGUUACGCGCCUUAAGUUACGAAUCCGCUGGCGAUCGCCAGCAUAAAAGGAGCUUUCAAAGACAACCUCGUCGUAGCGGUGAGACCCAAACCAACUCAUCUCAGGAGACGAUGACCAACUCCUCGCACAGUUCAAAUCAGGAUAGCAGCAUGCAUCAGCUUCAGAGGAAUGCAGAUCAAUCCCUGUGCACUCUGAUAACCCACAGUGCUCGACAGGAUCUGUUUGCUAUAAUUUUGUGCAGCACCAAUAGUUUGCCAGAGGAGAUCAUUCCCACCACAGCAAAGUUUCUGGAGAUGAUGGCUGGAAACGCUCCGCACUGCAGUAGCAUAAAUCUCUUGAGGCACUGCAUCCGUCAGGAACUGCCUGUCUUGGCUGUGCUGGCUGUCACACUCAGCGAACAGAACCGCGAUUGGUGCUGGAUUGUCUGGCUCUCGGUGGCCAGCGGUCAGUGGAGCGAGCAGCUGCAGGAGGCAUCAAAAGUGCGCGAAGAGAAGCGAUCAGAAUGGGUGUGGUCUGUCAUCCGAGGAGCAGUGGCUGGUGGGCAUGUGAAUGCCCUUCUUCACAGCUUGGAAAUCUUUCAGCCGGAAUGCAAAUUCACACAUCUUUGCCGUUUCCUUCAGCUGACAGCUCAUCAGGAGGACUUUAGCGAUUCCACGAUUGUGGAGCUGCGCCAGUUUUUUUUUAGCUGGAGUCAAGGUACAGUCACUCUGCCGCUCUGUGGCUCGCUACCCCAGAAGCAAGUGAUGCAGCGCUCCGUUGGCUUGCUGCUAAUCCAACUGCAAUCCAAUUUCGACUGCAUUUUGCAGCAGCAGCGAUUCCUUGACUGCAUCUGUCGCUCGGAUGUGGGCGAUAUAUGCGACUUGUUGGAUUUUUGUCUGCUGCAUAAAGUUUUCGGAGUAGCAGCCACCUGGCUGCGGGAGUUGUCCAUUGAUCUGGAGCAGCUGGUAAGGAGAGAUAGCUCCGAGUACAGACGCCUGGUGGAUGCCCUCACCGAAGCUAGAGCUUAUGAGGAAGCCCUUCAAUUGGCAACCUUGCUGCAGCUGCCUUUAAGUGAUAUUGUCUAUGGCAAAUGGAUGGCUGAGCUGGAAGCCGGCGAACUAAGACCCCAUCAGGAGUACGAGAAGGAGAUCCACCAGCAUGCUUUGGCUCCCGCCAUUCUGGUUAACUUUUUGCUUCAGGCAGCCUCCUCUGUUGGUCAAGUGGGUCUCCGGCGAUAUGAGCUGCUCCAGAGUACGCUGGGCGUGAUCAAGCAGCACCACUUGUUCCCAAACGAAUCUUUUGAUCGCGAUCAGAUUGAGUACGACAUGGUUCUGUGCUACUUGCAGCUGCCGGAGGACAAACUCUCCCAGCUUACCAUUUACCAUUCAGAGUACUAUGAGCAAAUCAUGGUUCAAGAGCGCUGCGUUCUCUACAAAUCCUUCUCAGAACUCAAGGAACUGGCUGGGAUUGAUGACCUAAGCAUAUCUGAUAAAACACAACUCACUUCAGAGAUGGAAACUAGACUUAAUACUUUGUUAAACACGCUUUUGGACGAAGGAGACAUUGUGGAGGCUCUGCGUCUUCAAGAACUUUUUGAAUUCCGGCCGAACGACCUUCGAUUCAUUGUUUUUGCAAUGGCAUUGGCCGAGGGCAUGACCAGCAUUAGUAAUCUCUCCAGCAAGGAACGCCAGCUGCUCGGUGAAAUCGAGAAGAGUGCGUUUCCAAAGUUUAAUCGUAUUACUCUAAACCAAAAUGUGUUGAAUCGGUGGGACAGUGAUCUCUCUGAUAGUUGUUCGGAUAGUGUGGCAUUGGAGUUCGAAGAGAUUCCUUCCAAGGAGAAGCAACAGACUCUGGACACCUUGCUGGGCAUUGGAUCGAAGUUGAAAUAUGGCGUGGAGUUGGGUAGACGUAUUGUUUUGGCCUAUAGGGCAGCAAUGUAUCUGGAUAAGGAGUAUCUGGAUGUUCUGCGCACCAAAGAUGCUGCUAUCCUCUUGAAGAGCGCCGCAGCCGAGGAUUGUCUGCAGCGACUGCUUGUGGUCAGUGAUAUACAAAUAUCUACGAGGAUGACACCAAAAGAAAUUGCUGAGUGUUUAGCCCUGGAGCUGACCACCUGCAUUGUGCGUCCCCGUUUCUACAUCUUUCAUGCCAGGGAGCAGCCAAGAAAUGCUUUACGGAAUGCUGAUCUCUGGGGUCACAGCAUCGAUCGUGACUUCCAUUUAUUCCUGGACUUGGCUCCUAACUCAACAAUGCUGGGCAAUUGUCUGCUGGAAUACUGUGAUGCCCUAAAAGCAUACCGUCGCUACCAAGAGGGCAAGGCAUUCGAGGAGACCAAAGCCUUCGAGAAUCUCUCUAAGAUUAUAACACUCUACGGAUUACCCACGCCUUCUCCCACGGGAACACUUUCAGGAAUUCCGCAGGUGCUCUCACAUAAAAAGCAGAAUCAAAUCUACGUAGAGCUGUUGAUCAAAGCGCACUUAUGUUUUGUGCACGAGUGCUCCAUGGAAGGCAUUGUUAGUGUUCUUCAGAAAGCUAAAGCCCUCAAUGGGAAAUUGGCUCAGGGCAAAUCCUGGUCGCUUAUUGUCCGAAUGCUGAUUGGAAUAGCACGCUACCGCGAGAUGUUCUACUGCUUCGAUUCACUAAUUGAAAACGAACAAUUUGAGUCCUUAUUGGGACAAUUCGAUGAAGAUCAAAAGAGUGGACUUCGACAGGCCAUUCUCAGCUAUUUAAGAGAAUAUCAACCAAAGAAUGGAAAGGAGUUGCUCCGCCUGGCUGCCUUGCACUUUCUUAUGUACAAGGAGUUGGCGGAGAUGUGGACCGAGGAAGCCCAGGAGAUAGUUAACAAAAUCCAAACAACUGCCGAGCAAUCCAAUAAACUAAAAUGCUCCCCGGAGGUACAAACACUUUUGCAACAGGCUUUGGAGAACUAUACACAUGCCACGGAGAACUAUCUGUUGGACAAUAAGCUUCUGCUGGCCCAGCAAAGUGUUUCCCGGGCGGAGUUGAUGGCCAUGCAGCUGGAUCUCUGCAACAAGGCAUUGGAAAAACGGCAUGGAAAUACCAUCAAUCAUUUGUGUGUGAGCGUCAUUGGAGUUCGAUCGAGGGAACAGUUUAGGGAAUUGGUUAACAACCAUCUGAGUGUCCCACAAACUUUAAUUUUGGGUCGCGCUUACGGUUAUGAUAUAAACUGGAGCGAGGCUAUCUUAUCCCAAUUUGUUGUGCUUCAGGUAACCAACUAUCUACAAGAAUAUCUAUGCCAUCAGCGCAUCAAUGAUGAUGUUAUUGAACAAGUAGUCAAGGGUUACUUGCUGCACUGCCAAAGUAAUACGCCGAAUUCAAAACAGGAGGAGUCGCUGGCUCAGCUGGUAGAACUGAUCAAAUCAGUGAUUCUUAAAUAUAAGUUGGCUUCCAUUUUGGGGCUCAAGUCUAUCGUGAUGUCCCUGAUCAACGAUUCUGCAGUUUACUAUCUGCGAGAUACAAACUUCGGUCGCAGCGAAUUCCACUCUGCUGGGGACACGUGACAUAUAUACCAUUGUGAUUUUAAACUGUUUUUAUACAACAUUAGCACUGAAUACCUUAUUAAAAAUAUACAUUUA